UUCCUUUUGUCACAAGAAAACCAGAGAAGAAAGGACCAUGUGACAUGGUCCUCUGUAUCUUCGGAGCGGUGUGCGAGGAGAACGAGCAAGGGCGGCCUCAGUGUAUCUGUGAUCGCCAAUGCCCGGACAUGAUGGCACCUGUCUGCGGGUCAGACGGGACAACGUACCUCAGUGAGUGCUUUCUGGAUAAAGCUUCAUGUGAGCAGAAGAAGAGAGUUUACGUUGCAUCACAAGGAUCAUGUGAUGAGCAGGAUCCAUGUGAGGGUGUCCAAUGCAGCUUUGGAUCCGAGUGCAUGAUAGAGGGCGACAGAGCAACAUGUGAAUGUCCCAAUGCGUGUCUGUCGAUCUACAGUCCUGUAUGUGGGAGUGAUGGUGUUUCCUAUGGCAACACGUGCGAGAUGGAGGCAGCCAGUUGCAGGCAACAGAAAGAGAUCACUCUUGUUAAUGAGGGGAUGUGUGUUGAGGUGGAUCCAUGUGACAACGUGACAUGCAACUUCGGAGCUUCCUGCGUCGUAGAGGGCGCUGUUGCAAGUUGCCUGUGUCCUGAGAUAUGCCUGGAGAGUUACAACCCGGUGUGCGGUAGUGACGGUGUCGAUUACAACAACGAAUGUGAUCUGAAUGCUGCUGCUUGCUCGCAACAAAAAAGUGUAACUGUGGUGUUCCAGGGUUUGUGUGACCCUUGCCAAGAGGUUGAAUAUGAGAAUUCAGUGUGUAAGCUGGAUCGUAAUCGUGAGCCCCAGCCAGGCUGCGAUUCCAAUUGUCCUAACAGCGUGAUAAACCCUGUAUGUGGAUCUGAUGGUGUGACGUAUGACAAUGACUGUGAGAUCAACAGAGCUGCAUGUCUGAGUAACCUAGAGGAUAUCUUAAUCACCUUCACUGAGGGCCCCUGUGAGGACGGAACACAUCCCUGUGAAGAAUUCACCUGUGACUAUGGCCAGUGUUUGGUAGACGAUGCUGGCAUGCCUCAGUGUGUGUGUACGCCCUGUCCCGAGGUCUUUACUCCUGUCUGCGGCAGCGACGGUCUGACGCACUCCAGCAUGUGCCACAUGGAAGAAGCCAGCUGUAUGGAACGCACUGACAUUACUCUAGCAAAAGAGGGCGUUUGUGAUGGAAGUAAUAUAAUCGGUUGUCAAACCCCAGCAUGUAAUAAGACAGAGGGCGCUGUGAGCCCUGUGUGCGGAACAGACGGUAACAACUAUCCAGGAUUGUGUGCUUUGCAGGAGGCUGCUUGUGAAGCCGGGAUCGAUAUUCAAGUUGCAAUUAAUGGACCUUGUGAGUCCUGUGAAACAACAAAUUGCAGUCAUGGGUCAUUUUGUCAGAUGACCCCUGACGGGCCGACCUGUACAUGCAGUGACCAUUGCCAGACGAUCAAUCUACCUGUCUGUGGGUCAGAUGGAGAGACGUACGCCAGCGAGUGUAAGCUCAACGUGAUGGCAUGCAAUGCUAGGAAGAACAUUACAGUUGUCUCGUAUGGAGCAUGCGAGGACUGUGUUGGUGUAACAUGCGAGACGGAGCGCUUCAACCAGGUGUGUUACCAGGGUAUGUGUGUAUGUCAGGAGUCCUGCCCUAUGUCACGCUCCGAUGAAGACAUGGUUUGUGGUUCGGACCAGGUGACCUAUGACACCGUGUGUCAUCUCAAGAUGUCAGCAUGUCAAGCCGAGUCCAACCUCACUGUGGAGUACUAUGGACCCUGUGAUGAGUUCUCCGGAAGUGGCACAGAGUUCCCUGAUUAUUCAGGCAGCGGCGCCACGCCUCCCAAUGAAUUUGAGUUUGACCUCUGUGACGAGACCUCAUGUAGCUUUGGUGGUAUAUGCCGCCCUCUAUCGGCCGAUACUUACGAGUGCAUCUGCAAGUUCAAUUGCCCUGCUGUGAGGUUGCCUGUUUGCGGUUCGGACGGGGCAACGUAUGGUAACGAAUGUCAGCUCAAAGAAGCGGCCUGUGAACAACAGUCAAGUAUCGUCUUGGAGAAGAUUGGCACAUGUGAAGAUGUUGAGAUGGAGCCAUGUGAUGGUGAGAGCCCUCUAGUAAAUGAGGCAACCAUGGAGGCAUACACCUGCCAAGAAGACAAUGGGGGCGAGGAUUGCCCCUCCGGUAGCUACUGUCAUAUACACCCCCUUGGAAGGUUCUCUGCUUGCUGCGCUGUCACAGGAGAGCAAACCUCCCAACCAAGCUGCGUGGAAUCAGUGUUUGGAUGUUGCCCUGACAACCAGACCGAGGCUCUGGGUAGCAACGGAGAAGGAUGUCCAAGUGUGUGUAACUGCAACCCUCUAGGUUCCUACUCUGUUUACUGUGAGCCUAGUAACCUACAGUGUCCAUGUAAGCCUGGCGUAGGAGGCAAGCAGUGUGAUAGAUGUGAACCAGGCUACUAUGACUUCCUCUCCCUGGAACGAAACGGGAUUGGAUGCAAAACUUGUGGGUGCUCUUCCUAUGGCUCUCGUCGUGAUGACUGUGACCAGACAUCUGGUGCUUGCCGAUGCAGAAGGAAGGCCAUCGGUCUCAAGUGUAACAUGUGCCCUGAAGGUCUAACGAUGACACCUAUGGGAUGUAUGACAGAGGAGGAACAGAUGAUGACUAGCGCCAUCACAUGCUCAAACCUGACCUGCCCCUUCUCCGCCCAAUGUCAGGAGUCAACUGUAGAGGGCCAGAAUGCUACCUGCGUCUGUCCUACCUCGUCAUCAUGUAACACAGACGUGAUUCAGGUGGUCUGUGGAGACAACGGUGAGACGUAUCCUAGUCGAUGUCAGCUACAGGUCUUUGCUUGCAAGGAACAGAGAAAUAUUAUGGUCCAGAAUGAAGGAGCUUGUGAGACUGUCAUUGUCACACCCAAUGAGAUCCGUCCAGGCUGCGAGGAAUCUCAAUUCAGAUGUUGCCCUGACCAGGUCACAUAUGCCACCGGGCCCAACAAUGAAGGUUGCAGCGAUGCCUCAGGUACACCUCCCCUAGCAGCAGAUCAGAACGCUGGUCAGGCCUCUGCGUCUUCUCCUGCUCCACCUUCUGCCACUACUGUGGCUCUAACCACUGACGCGGUGGUGCCUUCUACUAAAGUCUCUUCCACCACACUUUCUGUUGCACCCUUUGUUUCAACCGCUCUUCCCACAGAUUCGGUCCUGCCUACAACAACCAUUGUGACCAUCGUCCUGGGAUGUGAUAGUAGUCCAUGCCAACAUGGAGGCACCUGUCAGAAUGAUGAGAUAGCUCCAGGAUUCAGGUGUAUCUGCCCUCUAGGAAAGGGAGGACCGGUGUGUAAUGAAGUCGUGACCUUCACUACGCCUUCCUUUGCCGGGGACUCGUACCUUGCCUACCCUGAGAUGGAUGCGUUCAUGGAGGUUGAGAUCGUUAUUGAAUUCCAACCCGGUGCUACAGAGGGUGUGCUCCUCUAUGAGGCCCAGACAGCGGAGGGAAACGGAGACUUUAUCUCAUUGGCGAUUGUCAAUAACCAGGUUGAGUUUAGGUUCCUUGCUACUGACCAAUCAAAUGGAUUUGACCUUGGCUCAGCCGAACCUGUUGUCAUAACAAGCACUGUCGACCUUCAACUCAUGACCUGGCACCGUCUAAGGGCGUACCGUAGCCGGCGGGAAGGUAGCCUGAGUGUUGACGGUGAACCAGAAGUCACAGGGACCAGCGAGGGCGUGUCUGGCGCCCUCAACCUUGGCGAGGAUCUCUUUAUUGGAUACGCAGUACCUCCAGAAGUAGGCCUGCGGCUAGCAAACACAAACCAAGGAUUCGUCGGCUGUAUUCGCUACGUGGAGAUCAACAGCCAAGAACUGGAUAUUUCUUCAUCUGGCUCAUCUGUGGAAUAUGGUGCUAAUGUUGGAGAGUGUGGUAACGAUCCCUGCCAGAGCAAAGAGAUGCCCUGUUUUAACAAUGGACUAUGUGAGGCUCUCAAUGCAGAGUCAUACAGGUGUAUAUGUCAAGGAGACUUCUUUGGCACACUUUGUGGAGAUGUUCUAGUAGACCAGUGCGAGGGUCACAUGUGUCAUGAGGAGUCUACCUGCGUAGCUCUACCAGAGGGGGGAUACAGGUGUGAUUGUCCAGAUGGAAGGAUGGGAGACAUGUGUACUGAAGAAAUCAACAAGGUUGUGGUUCCGGGCUUUGCCGGCAAUUCCUACAUGCAGCUUCCCUCCCUGAUGAUGCCUGAUGAUUCCGUCAUCGAUGUAGAGUUCUUAACCUCCUCACCCGAUGGAGUAAUAUUCUACAACGGACAGACCGCUGAUGGUAGGGGGGAUUUCAUCUCUCUCAACAUGAGGGAUGGCUAUCUGGAGUUCAGAUAUGAUCUGGGUUCUAGCAUUGCUGAGAUCAAGAGUGUUGACAGGCUAGCUCUGAAUGAAUGGCAUGCAGUGAGAGUGAUCAGGAUGGGUAAGAGUGGAGAGAUGAUCCUCAACGACCUACCACCAGUCAAAGGAACAUCACCGCCUGGGGCUUCACAGUUGAACCUUCGUCAGCCGUUGUUCAUUGGUGGUGUGAGGAGCUAUGGAGAGGUCUCUCGGAGAGCAGCUAUCACUGAUGGGCUCAAUGGAGCAGUUAGGAGGUUUGUAGUGAAUGAGGUUGAUUACUCUACUCUGAAGGACUUUGCUGAAGCCAAGGUCAACGUCGAAGAAUUCAGAGAAGAUACUAUGAACAUGAUACCAACUGCUCCUAGAAAACUGCCAGAAAUGCCUGUAACAACCCCCAGACCACCUGUGGUUGCCACGAGAGCAAGACCUGCCAUGACGACUGCAUCUGUAGUGGUUAUUAAUACUGAUGAUCCCUUGAGGUUUGAUGGACAGACAAGUAUUCAGUACUACAAUGGAGUUUCCAAAAAACAAAGAGCUCUACGGACCCACCAAGUCCAGCUCUCUUUCAAAACAGCCGAACCAAAUGGCGCCCUCUUUUGGAACGGAGUAGGCAAUGCUGACUUCCAGGCUGUAGGAGUCUCAGAUGGCUAUGUAGAAUAUGCAUACAAUCUAGGAAGGGGUAUUACAAGGAUAAGAACUACGCAGAAGGUUGAUAAUAACAAAUGGCAUACUGUUAUUAUAACAAGAAAUUUAAUAGAUGCCUCACUUCAAGUAGAUAAUGAAGAACCAGUCAUGGGACAAUCAAGAGCUGGAGCUUCACAACUAGACACAGAUGGAUUUUUAUAUCUAGGACAAGGAGUAAACGUACCAGGAAGCAUGGAGUCAAGUUAUACAUAUUAUACCGGCUGCAUCCAAGAUGUAUUAUUAGAUGAAGUCCCAUUGCAUCUCUAUGAAAAUGCACAAGGAGAAAAACCAUCACUGUUCUGCUCGGAACCAUGAGGGCAGUAUGAUGCCUCACAUCUGAGAUACACACAGGAACACUCGCCAGAUGUUGCAUAAAGGACUCAAAAAUAGAGACGGACAGAAAAAGAAAAUAAAAGAGAAAAAAAAAGACUUAAACUAUUUAUAUGUAUAAAUGAGCAUUAUAUUAUUGAGACAUUACAUGAAAGUAUGAUAAUUUAGCUGUCUGGAAGGUGUAGUGAACAAACAGACAUAGAUGUAGAGAGUAAACAAGUUUUUAGAUGUAGUGUUGUGGAUUGUGACCAAACUUUUACUCUAUUAUAAGAAAGAGUAAGAACUACUCUCCAAUAAGCAUGGCAGUACUACACAUGGCAUUUACUUAUACAGCUAGCUGCUUCAUAUCACCUCGCUCGCUAUUCCUUUCUUAUUUAAGACAAUCUUUUAUGAAACAAAGAAAUUACAAGGAAACUUUUUUAUCAGAAGUCAUAGCAGUUUCCUUGUGUGAUUUUUGUCCCCUUCAAAUCAUUAUAGAUCCCCUGUUCACAGAGGUAUACUCCAGAAAGAUAUCAAUGAUUUUUUUUUUUUCAAAGGAUUUUGGGAAGAUUUUGCUUUGCGCCUAUAUGAAUGAUCUUAGUCAUGUCCAGUUGUCUAAUACAGUGAACAAACUUGAGUCUUGUUUUAUUAUAAGAGGUCAAAGUUCAAAGGUCAUGAGAUACUCUUGUAGCAUAGCAUUAAAGUGUUCAUGCAUGUAUCUUGAGAACUGAAGAAAAAAACUUAUUUGAUCAUUUUGAAGAAAUUUAGUCCCUUGUAUUCUCAUAUGUAUUGCCCCAGUUAAAAAUGUCAAAAAGUGCAAACUCUAUUGGAAUGAAAAUAAACGACAAACAAAAUGGAGAUUUUUUGAUAGUAUAUAUAAAGACAUGCUGCAGACAGGUUGUAUACAUGUUAUUGUGUGAUAAGGAGAUGUAUAUAAUAUUUGUUCAGGACAGUACACAUUUGAAGUAGGAGUGAUACAUUUUUAUGAACAUUAAAACUUAACACAGCUCCACUAUGUUACAUGGCCAAUACUUUGGUACGUAAUUGAUUGUAUAUAAAAUGCAUGUGUACUACACUGUUACAAUUUGCUGGGACGAACACAUUCGCUAAACAAUGAAGUUUUCAGUUUCGUUUGAAACAUGAUUUUGUUUGACCAUUGUAAAGACAGGAGUCGAAUCGUCACAAAGCUUAUGAUUAAAUGUAGUCAUUAAAGUAAUAUUGUGUGUGCUUUUAUUUUCCAUGUUCUUUUAAAAUGGAAGCCCAUUUACAUGGUAGAUUGUACUGCUCGAAACCAUUGAUUUUCCAGGUUCAAAAAAUUAAAUAUAGACUUUAGCACAAAGUGUUUUUUUAAACUAUUGAUACAUAUCUGUGUCUUGUUAAUAUUUUAUACAUUUAUUUCAAUUAUGAAUGUGAAUAAUAAGUGAUUUACUUUUUAUUUAAUAUUUCUCUAGAUUGGAGUGGAGGUAUGCAAGAUUUUUUUUUGGAUAAAAUAAGAGAACUGACAUAAUUUUCAAUAUUUACAAUUAAUAUUGGUCUAACUCUCUGUAUUGACAUAAACAAAUAUGCAACUAAAGUUUUUUGUUUUUGUUAAAGGUCCAUCCAACCAGUUAUGAACAGCAUUAUAAGCUUUAGAAAUCCAUGUACAGUAUAGUCAUGCAUGAUGUAUAUAUGUCUUUAGUUAGCAACUGAGCAAUACAGAUACUUUUACUGUGAAGGAAACGAUCUAACAAAAACAAUCACAUGUAGAACAAGUAGUUUUCAAUUUCAAAAAUAUGUGUAGUUUACCACGCAGUUGAAAUUGAUAACCAUUUAGUGACUUAUUGGUUCAAUUUUUUAAAAUAAAAUUAACAAAGAACAGUCAUGUGCUGUUGUUUUAGCGUUGGAAAAAUAGAACUUAGUUUAGAACUGUCAUGAAUAUAAAUCUUUGAAUCAAUCUUGAACAUGAAAAUAAAGAUUAAUUUGAUCAUAUUGAGUACAUGUAUUUCUAAACAACACAAUGUAUUGGGGGAUCUACAUGUAUCUAUAUGUACAAUUGUUAUUAUUAACGUGUUAUUAUCAUGAAAAGUGUCAUAUGUUGUUACUAUGCAAAUAAUUGUUAUUUUGUGAUAAACAUUUGUAAUUUGUGACCACUUCAUCGUGAUCUUUCCUUUCAUAGUUUCCCCAGGUCCUAAUUUGAACUGAUGUAAAAUGAUGUUACUUGGUGAUCUUAAGCUCAACCAUGGGCUGUGAUAUCAAUGAUGGGGUAGGGAGACAUACAUUGUAUUAGUUUGGACCAAAGGCCUGGAGGUUUGAAAAUACAUGUACAAAAUAGUCACGAGACCAGAGGCAUAUAAGACAGAUAUUCAUUAUUUCAGUGACCUAGACCUACUAGGUGUAUUAAAGGAAGUCCUUACACUGAGAAGACUGAAUAUUUGGGUCUUACUGACUUCUGAAGACUACUAUGUCCAUGGGAAUAAAAUCGUCCUUGGCUUGGCCUUGGGUCGAAUUGCCUACAGACCGUUGGAGUAUUAAGCCCUGUUGUUAAUAUCUAUGUUCUAUGGAGUAUACAAAAAUGUAUGAUUUAAUGUCAAUUUUUACCUAAUGAUGAGCUUAUUUCCUGAUCAUUAAUAAUGAUAUUGAUAAUGUAAAGCCAUCACUCCAUACUGCAAUAAGCUACACCUUUUGUAAUAGACGUAGAUUGAUGCCCAGCACACACUAUACGAUCCGAUCCGAUCCAAAAUGGCAAUUAUAUUAGAUACGGAAAUCUAAACAAACAUCAUCUUCCCUAUGUACAUGUAGGUGUGGAAUGAUGAUAAGAAUACUAACAACCAGAAUUUUAGUGUAAUUUUCACCUUCUACCGGUAGUCAGAAUGAAAUCCGAACCGGCUUCAAAUUAUAGACAAUCCCACCACUGGUCCGACGUCACUUCCAAUUCUGCUUUAGCUAUUCCUUCUCCAAAGAAACUUGAAAUCCCUUCAAAAUCAGAUUUUAUGAAGCAUAUGACCAUUCAGAUCCUUGAUUAUUAAGAUAUUAAAAGUGUGAAUGUUCAUAUCAAAUGUUAUUGCAAAUUCUCCCAAAUUGGAUCAUUGUUAGGUCGUAUAGUGUGUGGUGGGCUUAUUAAGACCUUUUGAUGUGGAUGAAUAAUGAAGUUUGUCAUUUUUGAAAUUCAAAACAUAUUUGAGAUUUGUGUGAUAAUGUUGACUACGAUUAUUUUAUGCUAUUGUACUUUCAUACAAAUUAUGAGAACUAUUCCAACAAUUGUGAAUAUGCUAUCAUAGUUUUGUUAUUAUAAUUAUUAUGCAAAUAACUUGUACAUUUUGGUCACUUGCUUUUCCAAGUAUACUUGUAUUUAUUAACAAUUUCAGUUGACACAACUGAGAGAUUAAAUAAUGAGAUCAAAAGUAUAGCAGAAAAGCUGCUUUAGUUAAUUUGUUAGUUUUCUUUCAUUAGACAUAUUUAUCAUUUACAUUAUGUGAAUAUUUUAGUGUGAUAUAUUAUAUAUUCUUAAUCUCUUUUUUAGCUCUCAUAUUUUUAAAAGAUUUUAGAUUUUUGUAAUAUCUCGGAUUCAAUGUCAAGUUUGUUUUAUAGAUUUUUUCAUGCUCACUUUUAACAAAAAAAUUAAUGGAUAAUGUAUUAAUUUUAACAAGGAAAAUAGACAUUAUUAUUGAUGGAUUUCAUUCAAUUUCCGGUAUAUUAUGGCUUUAAUAGAAUGAAAUGAUUUCAAUAUUGUUAAAACAAUAAAGCCAAGGGAAUGGGGAGAAAAAAAUAAAGAACUAAAAGUUUCAAGUGUUUUUGUACUUAAUGUGUGCCUAUGAAAGCUUCAAUGUGUGUCAAAUUUGUAUGUUAUCCCAUGUUUUAUGUCAUUUGUAAUAUUUGAUUAUACAUUGUAUUAGUUUCAUUGGUAUGUCAAGUUAUCCCUGUACAAUAUUAUAUAUAGUCCUAAAAAUAUCAUGGAAGACAAAAAAAUAUGGUAAAACAUAGAUUUGGAAGAGAGUGCUUGUAAGAUAUAGUGAAACGCAUUUUCCAAGUUUUACUAACAGAAAGACGCAGAUUGUAAUAUUAGUUGAUGUAUUAUUUCAUUAAAAAAAGGGUGCUCCAUAAUACUGAUGUCAAUAAAAACUGAAUGUCAAAACCA